GUAGGAUUCUACUUGCAGUGGACAUUGAAAUCAUGUCUCUCAGGCAUCGAAUCCUCCAACAUGGACGGCUUUGUAUCCAGGAAGAGGCGGCGCUUGUCACAAGAACCCGAAGAGCGUCGCCCUCCAUCUACGUUGAUGGAUGAAGACGACACAGAAACUAAGCUUGCCACAUUAGCAUCUUUGCAUCCGGACUUAGAUCAGACCGUUAUUUUUGAGGCAUUGCUGGCCUCUGAAGGAUCCGUCGAGCUCGCAUCAGAUAUUUUGGGCUCAGGUGUGGAGUCGCCGGCCCCACGAAAGAAAUUCAAUCCAAGCGGAGUUAUGGGUUAUCAGAGUUCUCUUACGGCCUUCAAUAUCACGUCGACUGGAGCAUCUGUAGCUACAAAGUCGCUUACUAAGAAGGGCAAAACAUUGCAUCUAUUCUCGCCGGAAGACAUUUCCAAACACACACCAUGCUCUAUCAUCCACAACUUUCUACCGUCGGACGAGGCCGAUGCCUUGCUGUUGGAACUGCUUAAGGAAGCACCAACGUACUCACGAGAUAAGUUCAAACUUUUUGAUCGCGUAGUGGAGAGCCCGCACACUUUUUGCUUCUAUGCCGACUCGUGGAAUGAAGCGGAGAAGCGAAGGACUGAGUACUACUACAAUGGUGGCCGCGUGUCAGAUAUACGGCCGUCGCUUCCAGAGAUGCUAAAGGUGCGUUCAAAGGUCCAGAGUGCGGUAAACGAUGAGAUCCAGAAGCGCAUGAAACUCAAUCCUGGUGGCAAGAAAUUACUGUUUCAAGAUCCAGAACCUUGGGAGCCAAACGCCGCCUUUGUGAACUGCUAUGACGGCGGCCAGGAGAGUGUUGGCUAUCAUUCAGAUCAUCUUACAUAUCUUGGACCUCGGGCUAUCAUUGGAAGCCUGAGUCUAGGAGUAGCACGCGAGUUUCGGGUCCGGAAAAUUGUUGCGCGGGAUGAAGAUAGCCUGAAAGAUCCUAACGGCCUUCCCCCGAAGUCCUGGAUAAAAGACAAGAGUGAAAGUCGCGCCGAUGCCGAGGGACAGAUCUCCAUCCACCUUCCCCACAACAGCCUUCUCGUCAUGCAUGCCAACAUGCAAGAAGAAUGGAAGCACUCCAUAGCACCCGCACAGGUCAUAGAUCCCCACCCCUUAGCCAAAAAUAAGCGCCUUAACAUUACAUAUCGGUGCUACAAAGCGAACCUGCAUCCUAGAUUCACACCGCGCUGCAAGUGUAACAUACCAUGCGUUUUGCGAUGCGUCCAGCGCAAAAAAGAAAACCGCGGUCGCUACAUGUGGAUGUGUUACGCCGGCUACACGGAAGGACAGCAGGGUUGUAGUUUCUUCCAGUGGGCGGAGUUUGAUGAAGAUGGGAGACCUCCGUGGGAUAAAAACUACAAGGGGAAUGCCAAUGUUGAACGAAGUGGUACCACAACCGUAACUAAUUCUACAUAAAGAUAAAUCUGUGACGUACUACGUGCUAGCCGCU